AUGGAGGUGGCGUCAAAAAUAGUUAGAAAACUGGACAAAAUGAUAAAGAAUGAACUAAUUGAUGACGAGUUAGCGUUGUCUUAUUUGCAUCGUCUUCAGAACACUGAUAUGACCUUGGAUAUCCUGACAAAAACAGGUGUUGGUAUCGUCAUAAAUAAGAUCAGGAAACAAUCCUCCAAUGGGGAGAUCAAUAUACUUGGAAAGCAACUCAUUAAGCAAUGGAAGAAACUGGUUCCUGAGAAGGCUUCUGAAACUGGAAGUAAGCGGUCGCCGCCUAUGUCAGGUGACGACUCAUCUCAGUACCUGCCUACUGAGGGGAAAAGGGUUCGUCGACCUCUAACAGAUGAUGAGGAUCUCCGAAACGAGUGCAAUGCCGUCAGUAAUCACCCACCUUCAUCCACUGCUACCCAUGAUUCUAUUGGCCACGGUUUUUUUAUGUCGAAGUCCCUUGACACUGAUGACCCAGUACGGCUUAAGGCUCGAGAAAUGAUCAAAAGCGCCCUGGACGCUAGUCCUCCUCCAACAGGCGCUUUUGACGCCGAUUACCUGGCCACCCAAAUCGAGAGUGAAAUUUUCACCAUUUUUGGAGUCACUGAUUCGAAGUACAAACACCGUGUGCGGACUCGAGUGAUGAAUCUGCGGGACAUCAACAACCCCGAUCUGCGAGCAAACGUCUUCAUGGGGCACGUCCGACCCGAGCGCCUGGCCAGUAUGACUUCCGAGGAGAUGGCCAGUAAAGAUAUGAAAAAGUUGCGAGACAAGUAUAGCAAGGAGACUAUAGACGACCACCAGAUGGCUGUAACUAGUGGCACCGAAUCUGACCUUCUUAAAUGCGGCAAGUGCAAACAGAACAAGUGCACCUAUAAUCAGGUGCAAACAAGAAGCGCCGAUGAACCCAUGACCACGUUUGUUUUUUGUAAUAAUUGCGGUCAUCGGUGGAAGGUAAGUCAGGUGGCUAUUGGUUCUGUUAAACCUAUGGAAAUCAUUGUGCUUGCUACCAUGUGCUGUAUAUACAAGGACGAAUCGGUUUUCAUACAUGAACAUGUGCCCUCCUUAUGUAUUAGAAUUAUUUUACAGGAUUUCGAGUUGAUUAGUUUGCACGUUGCCUACAGGUUGUGUAUUUCAUGA